AUCCACUCAUAUUUUUAUUUUUGUCACCGCUAAAAGUUGUAGAAACUAAAAACUGAAAAGGGAAAGAAAAAAGAAGAGGAAAAGAAAAAGAAAGGCGGAAAAAAGGAAGGGAGGGAGCGGUGGGUGAAGUCGGCCUGACCCAGCGGCCAGCUCCAGACACAGACAGACAGCGCGCUUGGCGCCCACCCACCUACACCACCCUUCCUUCCGUCGGAUCAGCCAUUGUCACAGCGAAUCCAGCCUCAAUCUCACUCCCUCUUCCGCCGUCGCCGCCGCCGCCGCCGCCGCCAGCAGCUGAUUACAGUUCCGCCGGAACUGGCUCUUCUUAUUCUUCCCUUUCUCCCCAACUUCUCAACUCUCUGAAUUCCUUACUUCUCUUCUCUUCUCUUCCCUUCCCUUCCCUUCCUCUUACUUCCCAUUUAUGCUUACCUUUCUGUAAUUAAAAUCUGACCCUCCCUUCCCUUCCUAGCAGCUUUUUUAGUGGGUGUUCUUAUCUUUACUUACUGCCUCCUAUCGCUAAAAAACAGUUGAGGCGGAAGAAGCUCUUCUCUUUGUUAGAUCUAUCCGAAUCGGCCCUCACCCUUUUCUUUUGUCGGUGCGGGUUGAUUGUUCUCUGUAUAUUGUGUUCACUUCCUUCCUUCCUUCCUUCAUCACUGCUUUCCUUAUAUUGUUAUUAGUAUAUCCCCGUAUUCUUAUUCUUUUCUCUUUACUCGCUCGCCGCUGCCUGCCCUCCCCUGGUUGGGUUAGGGUUUCGAUACUCUAGCUAGGGGGGUUUCUUUCAUUUUUCUCUUCGGUACCUUCUUUUUGACCCACUCCGUUUGUGCUCCGAUGGAGCCCCGUGUUGGCAAUAAGUUCCGGCUCGGUCGUAAGAUCGGCAGCGGUUCGUUCGGAGAGAUCUAUCUUGGCACUAAUAUUCAGACGAAUGAGGAGGUUGCAAUUAAGCUGGAUGCAGAAAUUGCAUUAUUCAGGAAAAUGUCAAGACAAAGCAUCCUCAGUUGUUAUAUGAAUCCAAGUUAUACAGAAUCUUGCAGGGAGGAAGUAAUCAUACUUACUAAUAUAAUUUAUUCAUUGGCUGUUUUUCUCGUGUAUAUAUUAAACUCUGGUAUUCCAAAUGUGAGGUGGUUUGGUGUUGAAGGAGACUACAAUGUUCUAGUGAUGGAUUUGCUAGGUCCUAGUCUCGAAGACCUAUUUAGCUUUUGCAGUCGGAAACUCUCUUUGAAGUCUGUUCUUAUGCUUGCAGAUCAGAUGAUCAAUCGAGUAGAAUUUGUUCACACAAAGUCCUUCUUACAUCGAGAUAUCAAGCCAGACAAUUUUCUGAUGGGUCUCGGAAGACGUGCCAAUCAGGUCUACAUCAUUGAUUUUGGUUUGGCAAAGAAAUAUCGGGAUAGCUCAACUCAUCAGCACAUUCCAUACAGGGAAAACAAGAGUUUGACUGGCACUGCUAGAUAUGCAAGCAUGAAUACUCAUCUAGGGAUUGAGCAAAGCAGAAGGGAUGAUCUAGAGUCUCUUGGUUAUGUUCUUAUGUACUUCCUGAGAGGAAGCCUUCCUUGGCAGGGACUAAAAGCAGGAACAAAGAAACAGAAGUAUGAGAAAAUUAGUGAAAAGAAAGUUUCUACCUCAAUUGAGGCCUUGUGUCGGGGAUAUCCAAGUGAAUUUGCUUCUUACUUCCAUUACUGCCGUUCAUUACGGUUCGACGAUAAGCCAGAUUAUGCAUACCUGAAAAGAAUAUUUCGUGAUCUUUUCAUUCGUGAAGGCUUCCAGUUUGAUUAUGUCUUUGACUGGACAAUAUUGAAGUAUCAGCAGUCACAGCUGGCUAAUCCCCCAGUUCGUGGACUUGCCCCAGGUGUUGGGACUAGUUCUGGAAUGCCUCCUAUUGCCAGUGUUGAUCGACAGACAGCUGAAGAAUCACGCCCUGCAGCUGGCCAAUCCAUGGACCCCUCUCGGCGGAGAUACUCUGGACCAAUACUGAACAGCGCAAGUUAUACUAAUAAUAAGCAAAAGAGUCCGGUUGGAAAUGAUGCUCCUGUCACUAAGGAUCCAAUUUUACCAAGCUCCAAUUUUUUGGGUCGAUCAUCGAGGCGUGCUGUAGCUACUGUUUCGGGCAGUCAUGGUGAUGUGUUUGCUGCUGGAAGAAGCGAGUCUGGUGGAGGUGCUGGUCUGGUGAGAGUUUCGAGUGGUCAAAGAAGCCCCCCUCACGUUGGGUCGUCGGGUGACCCCGCUAGGCGUACAUCAUCCUCUGCUAGAAAUACAACAACUCAGAUAAAGACCCCCUUCGAAUCUGCCCUGAAGGGAAUUGAAGGUCUGACUAUUGACAGCGAUGACAAAGUUCCGUACUGGGAGAUUCUGUCUUCUGCAGGCAACAAUCCACAGCCGAGAUAGGAGAGAAACAAAAAUUGUUUGUAAAGCAGGAGGAUGUCCGAUGAUGUGCCUCAGCGGGUAGAGACUAGUUUAGUUUGGUAGAAGGGUGUGAUGAGUUUGUUAUUGAAGUUGGAAUAACAGUCUUGAGGGGUGAAAUGCCGGAUUUUUUUUCCGGUGGGAAAUGCACAUACAGGAAAUAGAAAGGCAAAGCUUCUUCUGGGGAUUGAAUUGCUCUCUGCAGCAGGUGUUUGUGUGUAAGCCCUUCUAGUUCCAAAUACAGAUUUGCCCUUUUAAACCAUCCUCAUGGAUUGUUCAUAUAAUUUGAUCCCGGCAUUUUAAAGCAUUGGUUAAAGAUUUCACUUCACUUCACUCUACUGUGUGAAGGUGUAGGCUGUAGGGGUUUACAGUCCGUCUCUUGUGAUGGCAUGGAAUGUUUGGCUUUCAAC